UACAUUAGACAGGCGUUAUAAAACUUAACCUGUUCAUUGCAUCAUACAUAUUGUUAUAAAUAUCGAGGUUUAUCCCGUAGCUCAAUUUCGAGAGUGGAUGUAUUAUGGUGCUAAAUGGAGAUAAACAAAUACCCAAAUAAUAAAAAAUUUUAAAACACUGACUCUGUGGAAGAUAUUUUCUAAUGUACUUUAAAACUUCGAAAGUUAGCGUAGUGAAUGUUGAUAGAUAAUCGACAGAAAACAUGGCGACGUGGGAGAAUGAAAAAUUUCCAGAAGAUUUAAAUACCAAUGAUCUUGAUAAUGAUUUUGAUGAAAUUCUUGUAACACACGCUCUUGAGGAUUGUCUUGAUGAUAGUCUUGAUUUAUCUAGCUUUAAUAAAGUUUAUGAACAAUCAGAAACGUUAAACAAUGGAAAAUAUUCUGAUGAAGAUGCCGCUUACAUUUCGAAAUUACCUGAUGACAGUUCAGGAUAUAUACAUCACACUAUCAGUUCAAAUGAAAUUUAUAUGCGAAUCCAUCCGGGCCAAGAUGACUCAAUGCCUGAUGAUCCAUCUCAUGCUACAAUUACUAUCGAAAGUACGGAUCCAGAUACUAAUCAAAAACACAUUAGUCGGUAUGAAUGCGAAUAUGAAGGAUGUUCACGUACAUACAGUACAGUUGGCAACUUAAGAACUCACAUGAAAACGCAUAAAGGUGAAUAUCGAUUCAAGUGUACUGAACCGAAUUGUGGCAAGGCAUUUCUUACAUCUUACAGCCUUAAAAUUCAUGUUAGAGUACACACUAAAGUUAAACCAUUUGAGUGCAACCAUGACGGCUGCGAAAAAGCAUUCAAUACUUUGUACAGGCUACGAGCACACCAAAGAUUACAUAGCGGGAAUACAUUUAAUUGUGAAGAAACUGGAUGCGUUAAAUUUUUCACAACACUCAGUGACCUCAAAAAACAUACACGAACUCAUACUCAAGAACGACCAUACAAGUGUCGAGAAAAGGGCUGUGGAAAGGCGUUUACAGCAUCUCAUCACUUGAAAACUCAUAGGAGAACUCACACUGGAGAACGGCCUUACAUGUGUACUCAUAAUAACUGUCAGAGAUCCUUCACAACUCCACACAGUUUGAAAAGUCAUUUGAAAACGCACAAAAAAGUAACAGAAAUAGUAGAUGUUAUCCAGAAAGAUAAUUCACCGUUACUGACUUCAAUAAAUACCCCCAAAAAUUCUUCAACAAGCAUUACAAUUAUUCCAAUGAAUAAUAAUUCAAAUAUAUCGUAUGCAGCAGAAAAUCAAGCUAAAAAUAAUACUAUUUUGAGUAUUAAUAAUAUAAAUAAUAAUUUCAAUUUUGAUAUAUCAAGUACAAAUAAUGAACAAAUUAAUAGUACAAAUAGUAAUAUACUAGUGGAUGCAGGAUUUCUCUCCACAGAGCAUAGUUCAGCCAAAGAAAAUAAUUUUACAAAUAACACCUAUACCAAAUUUAAUAUUUUUAUGGAAGAUAAUCAUGAACAAAGCCAGAAGAAUUUUAAAAAAUCUGAUAAUUUUAUUCAAAAUUCCCAGCUUACUGAAUUUCAAAGUGAUUUGAAUAUCAGCGAGCCUGCACAGUUGAAUUUAGAACAAAAAAUAGUACGAGAUGGAAUUCAAAAAACUAUUGAUCAAUUGACUGAUACAUCAAACAAUAUUCUAUAUCAUAAUCAAUCUAAUAACACUGAUAAUAUUUUAAAGAAGAAUACUAAUUCUGAAUUUUUUGAAGAUAAUCUUCAAUCGUUAGCAUUUUCAGCUGAAACUAAUAUAGUACCUCAGCAUAUCAAUCAUAAUAAUAAAAAUAAUGAUAAAAAUAAUAAUAGUCAUAAUAAUGAAAAAUUAGAGGCUGUAGAAUUAGCAAUAGCAUCAGAAGAAGAGAUUCCGUCACCAUGGUUUAAUGUUAUGGCAUUGGCAGCUGCACCAGCACUCAGGACAGAAUCAUGGGAAGAAGUAAAUGCGUUUCCGACGGCAGUGCAUUCACUUGUUGAUUUAGUUGGGCCAGAACCUUAUCCAUUAGAACUAGGAAAUCAAUUGGGAAUAACAGAAAUAGUUGAUAAAGUUACUACAGAAUUAGUAACAGUAUCUCCAAAAAUAGUAAAUAAUACUUCAAUUACGCCUACAAAUAAAAAGAAUAAUAACACAAAAAAUAGUGAUAAUAAUGUCAAUAAGAAACAAGAGAGAAAUAUUUUACAAGAAAUAACUGCUGAUGCGAAUAUCUGUAAAUGUUCAGAUUGUAGAUGCAACGAAACAAAAAAUUGCCAGGAUUGUCCAACAGAACCAUCAAAAUUAGACAAUACUGAACAAUCUCAAUUAAAUAUAAUUAAUGAAAUAGUAUCUCGUUUACAAAGUAAAUGCGUUUGUACUAAUGAAGAAUCAGAAUGUGGAUCAUGUUGUAUUGUAAUUUGCUUAAAAUCUCUACAAAAGUUACAAAAAGUAUUUAAACAAAAUUGUUGUAAAGAAAUAGAACGUUCAGGGUGUUGUAAAAGUAAGGCGGCCAAACAAUCGAAUUUUUCGUUUCCGAUCAAUACAAAUGAAGUAACAAAUAAUCAGUAGAAAUUUGUGUGUGUAUAUAUAUAUAUACGCGCAGUCAGUGUAACUAGUCAGUUUUGGAAACUUUUUACUUAUAUAAUUGGUUUAAUAAAUUAAGUUCAUAAUUUUUUGCAUUUAGAGCUUAUCAUUUAAUUUUGUGAAAAGUGUUAAGUUUGUUCGGAUAUCAAUUAUAUAUUUUCAUGAUAAAAAUUUAUUUCAAGCUUGAAAACUGUUAAAAUUAUAAAAGAUUAUGCAAUAG